ACGCUAUAUUGACGUCCUUACAUGCUGCCCCGAUUGUGCGGAGCAUAUUUUAAACAAAAAUUAUAUAUUUUACCGACAACAAAAAAUGCAAAGAUGUCGUUUUUAAGUAGAAUUGCAGAGAAAACAACAAAAUUCAGUUGUCUUCGACUGAUGUCGGUGUAUCCCACACAUUACGUUGAUCCUAUUGUACAAAAAGAAAAACAAAAUGAGCAAAAGAACGAAUUAUCUAAGCUAUAUCAUAUUCCAAUCAAGGCGGCUGUCAACAAAUCUUCUGAUACAGUCUUCCACGAUGAUACGAAAGAGAAAAUGAUAAAUUAUAUAACGAAGAAAGGAAAUAGUGCCCUGGCCAGAACACUUUUGUCAAAGACGUUAGAAUUAAUAAAACGCACGCAGACCGAGCACAUGAAUCUGGCUAAAGGGGACAAAAAUGCCAUCAAUACCAAUGCCGAAACGCUUUUGAAACAGGCAGUGGAAAACUGCAGACCCUUGCUGCAAGUAACUGCCAUAAAACGUGGUGGUGUUACCUACCAAGUUCCUGUUCCCAUUACAACAAGGCGAUCAUAUUUCCUCUCCAUGAAGUGGCUCUUGGAAGCAGCCCGUGAAAAGGAGCGCAAGGUGUCCCUGCCGGAGAAACUAGCUUGGGAGAUUCUAGACGCAGCCCACGGGCAGGGAAGAGUUGUAAAGCGCAAGGACGAUUUGCAUAGGCAGUGCGAAAGCAACAGGGCCUAUGCACACUAUCGAUGGAGCUAAAUGUACUAUAAGCAGCUUUUUAUAAUGCAAUAAAGUUUUCAAUUUUGUGUUA